CGUCGGUCUGGAAUUGUGAGUCAAAUCUAGAAAAUGAUAUGAAGAAAAGAAUUCUUUGAAUGAAUGCUCUUGUCGUUGGUUUGGAAUGAAUAGUACUUUCCUCUGGAUCAGUCACAUAUAAUCUUCUCAUUGAAAAAAUUUCUUUGAUGGUAUUCUUGUUGAAGAGAGAUAUAUGUUCAUGAAUUUUACAGAAGGAGUGAUUGUUACAACACUUGUUCAAAUCGUUCUUCUCAUCCGGUGCUGCGCUUCAACGGAUAGCAUAGCAGCUGACCAAGCCAUCAAGGAUGGCGAAGUUCUCGUCUCGAGUGGGGAAGUGUUUGAGCUUGGGUUCUUUAGCCCUGGGAAAUCCACGAAGCGAUACGUUGGAAUUUGGUACAAGAAAGAUGUAGAAAACAGAGUUGUGUGGGUCGCAAACAGAGACAAUCCGGUCAAUGACACUUCAGGAGUCCUCUCAAUCGGUACGCAUGGAAACCUUUUCGUCUAUGCGAAAAACAGAAGUAAUAUCCCUCUCUGGUCUACCAAAUCCGGGGUUUCAAUUUCAUCGUUAUCAUCCGAACAUGGUCCUAUUUACAAAGCUCAGCUCCUAGACACUGGAAACUUCGUUUUGGUUGAGCAACAACAAGACAGCGAAAAGGUAGCAUGGCAAAGCUUCGAUUACCCCACGCAUGUGCAGCUACCAUUUAUGAAACUUGGUAUUGAUAAGCGGACAGGAUUGAACCGGUUCCUGACUUCCUGGAAGUCGGAAGAUGAUCCCAGAACAGGGAAUUACACCUACAGGAUUGACCCAGAUGGAGCUCCCCAGAUUGUGGUGAACAAGGGUAACAUCCGAUUGUGGCGGUCCGGUAAUUGGAAUAUGAAUAGGGGGUGGUGGAAUGGUAAAACCACAGUGCAAGGUGGCCUUGAAAUCUACACUACAAAUGAUGAGAAUGAGAUCACAAUAAUGUGGGACGUUGUCAACCCUUCGAUCAUCUCAAGAAUAAUAGUGAUGGACAGUUCUGGAUCAAUCAAAGAACUUAUAUGGUAUCAACAAAAGCAGGGGUGGAACCUAGUCUGGUCUGAACCCUUGAACAAAUGCGACUCUUAUGGCUGGUGUGGAGCAUUCGGCAGAUGUGACCCCUUUGGAACUUAUGGCUUGAGCGAGUUCGAGUGCAAAUGCCUCCCAGGGUUUCAACCCUUGUUGGAAGUUGAGUGGAACAUGAAAAAUGCAUCGAGUGGCUGUGUGAGGAAGCACAAGGCAUGCAGAAAUGGCGAACGUUUCAUCAAAGUUGCCAACAUGAGAACUCCUGACACAUCAUGGGCACUGGUGGAUACGAAUUCAAGUUGGAAACAAUGUAAGGAUGAGUGCUUGAGAAAUUGCUCUUGCUUGGCAUACACAAAAUUACGAGUUGGCAUUGGCUGCCUGACAUGGUAUGGGAAUUUAAUAGAUACUCGAGAUAAUGCCCAAGGGGUUGGUGACGAGCUUUACAUUCGCGUGGAUGCACUUGAGUAUGCCCAAUACGCAAAAAAGCCGAAGAGUUUUCUUGCCAAAAAGGGAAUGCUGCCGGUUUUGGUAGUAUCUAUUGCUAUGGUAUCCUCCUUCAUUUUCGUCGGAUGUUGUUUGUGUUUAAAGAGAAAGAGAAGAGGAUCUUCAAAGGAAAAAAAGGAAGAUGAUAGUAAAGCUCAUCAUGACCUACCAUUUUAUGACCUAAAAAGCUUAGUUGCUGCCACGGAAAAUUUCUCUGCUGCUAACAAGCUCGGCGAAGGUGGAUUCGGCUCAGUCUAUAAGGGUUUACUAGCUAAUGGACAAGAGGUUGCUGUGAAACAAUUAUCAAAGGAUUCGGGGCAAGGUUUAGAACAAUUUAAGAAUGAGGUUAUGUUGAUAGCAAAACUUCAGCACAGGAACCUGGUGAGGCUUGUAGGUUGCUGCAUCCAGGCAGAAGAGAAGAUGUUGAUCUAUGAAUACUUACCAAACAAAAGCCUGGACCUUUUCAUAUUUGAUAAAAGUAGAAGCUCAUUGUUGGACUGGGAAAAGCGUAUUGAGAUUAUCGUUGGAAUCGCUCGAGGAGUCUUAUACCUUCAUCAUGACUCAAGACUGAAAGUCAUCCACAGGGAUCUAAAAGCUAGCAAUGUUCUAUUGGAUUCAGCAAUGAACCCCAAGAUCUCAGAUUUUGGACUGGCGAAAAUGUUUGGGGAAGACCAAAUCAUAGCGAAAACAAACAGAGUGGUUGGAACAUAUGGCUACAUGUCACCGGAAUAUGCAAUGGGAGGGCGAUAUUCGACAAAAUCGGAUGUUUUUAGCUUUGGUGUCAUACUGCUAGAGAUCAUUAGUGGCAAAAGGAACACGAGUUAUGAUGAUGAAAGUCACUCCCCAAAUUUGAUUGGACAAAUUUGGGAUAUGUGGACGGAGAAGCAAGCAUUAGGUAUAGUCGAUCCAUCAUUGGAUCAGUCAUAUCCUGCACAUGAGGUUUCGCGAUGCAUCCAGAUCGGGCUACUUUGCGUGCAAGAAAGUGCAUUGGAUAGGCCAACCAUGUCGGAAGUUGUUUUCAUGUUGUGUAAUGAAACAACUCUUCCCUGUCCCAAGAAACCUGCAUUUAUAUUACAAUCCACAGAUCCAAACAAGGAAGCAUCAAGAGGAGAAAUUCGUUCGCUAAAUGACUUAACAAUAACCGUGGUUGAAGCGCGGUAAUGACCUAGGUUGUACGUCUCUGGGUGAAUCGUACCAUGUCAACCAAGUUCUGAGAUGCAUCCAAAUUGCCCUCUUAUGUGUGCAAGAGUAUACCAUUUCAUUUUCUUCUUACAUUUAUGUUUUCAUUUGUUAAUAUAUACUUCAGACGCUGUUCUGUAUUUUUAUCCUAAUUCAUACUUACUGAUAUUUUUUUAACGAUUUCAACUGUCACCCGGCACUGAAGAUUCGUUUGACACCUGUCUGUUCAAAUAGAGACUCUUUUUCCUUUCA